CGAACAUCGAGGCUGUUUCUCAAAUAUCGAUGAACAUCGCCCAUCAGUAAUUGGUUGGAUUCCUUGUUGGGUUUUCGCCACGGCCAUUGUGUUGUCGAAGUGGUUACGUCUUGAGUGAAGGAAAGUGGGUUCGGAUACUAAAUUCAUGGUAAUAUUUUUAUGACAAUAGAAGUAUGUCGUCUCCAAGUGCAGGAAAACGACGUAUGGACACAGAUGUUAUUAAGCUAAUUGAAAGCAAACAUGAAGUCACGAUCCUUGGGGGACUCAACGAAUUUUGUGUCAAAUUUUACGGACCCAGAGGGACUCCUUACGAAGGAGGAGUUUGGAAAGUCCGUGUUCACUUGCCCGAACACUACCCUUUUAAAUCACCUAGUAUAGGAUUUAUGAAUAGAGUAUACCAUCCAAAUAUAGACGAAGUCUCAGGUACAGUCUGUUUGGACGUCAUUAACCAAGCCUGGACUGCUCUAUAUGAUUUAUCAAAUAUUUUUGAAUCGUUUCUUCCACAGCUGCUAACUUACCCAAAUCCCAUCGAUCCCUUAAACGGGGACGCAGCAGCAAUGUAUUUACAUAAACCAGAAGAGUACAAGAAAAAAGUCUCUGAGUAUGUACGUAAGUAUGCAACUGAAGAGGCGUUACGAGGGCAAGAGAAUGUCAGUUCAGAUAGUGAAUCAACCAUGUCAGAUUUUUCAGAAAAUGAAGCUGAAGAUAUGGAAUUAUAACGCAGGCUGUCUACCAUUAAAAGCUCGCUCAAUCCUCCUUUCGCUAAGAAUCAUAAUUUUUUUUUAGUGUUAUAUGUGAUGUGCAUUAGGUUUGAAAUAUGUUGUUUUGCAUUUUCUAGAGUUUAUUGUGUUGCACAAGUUACAAAAUGCUUAUUUUCAAGUGAAUUAUUUAAGUUUUACAUUAAUUGAGCUUAAAUUAGUUGUAGCGACUUAAUAUCUCAUUAAUUUGCCUUAUUAAGUUAAUAUUGUGAUGAUGAGCGUAGCGACAUAUUUAUUUAAUAGAUUUAGUCAGAGGUAGAGGAAAUUUUUAUUGUGGUAUACACAUCAUAAAAAGUUUUUUUUAAUUUAUCUAAGAAAUGUACAACCAAUGAAGAAGACCAAUCAACUUUUUGUGAUGUGUAUUUUUUGAUUAGCAAUUAUUAAACAUUUUGUACAGUAUAUUUCCUCUACUGGUAUAGUUAGUGCAAUAGGAUAAGUUGUUGUCACUUGUAUUAACUUUUUUCAAAUCUUCACCAUUGAUAUCAUUAUGGUCUCAUUGUAUAUACAUUGUGUCUUAUUUAAUCUUUAUAUAUAUUUUUAAUAUGUGUAUUUAUCAACAAUAACUGCACAGAGAAAAAAUAGUCAGAUUGUUUUGAUGUUUGGUUCAAGUGUCAAAACAAAAACAUUGUCCAUACAACAUGAUCCACAUCACCAAAUGUUUGUAAUUUUGAUUAUUACUAAGGUAAUAAGUGUAGGUCAUUUGGUAGCAUUUAACAGUAAUAAAGAACUAAAUUUAUUA